UUCAAAUUUCACAAAAGAAUAAGAUCCUUGUAGGAGUCCGACCAGAAGAAAAUUAUUUUACAUAUUUUUUUUGUAAUUUGAUAAGUAUUCAAAUCCAUAGAAAAAAACAAAGGAAUAGCUAUAUUUUUUUUUAAACACAAUAACACUAUCGCCAGCUUUAUUGCAAACUUAUUAUGUCUUCGCCUGUGAUCAAAUAUGUUGGUAGAACUACUAAUUUUAAGGGUAAAACGUUAUGGGAAAUAGUCGGAAGUCUCAAGAAUUAUGGAGUAGGAAGGUUGAUUGUUCGUUCUGUAUUCGAACGCUAUCCUGAACCUAGUUUUAUGAAGAUUGUGAAAGUAGAAACAUGUCCUCAUGAAGAACGUCGUAGAGUUCGGGUUUGGGUAGAAAAAACGUUUAGAGGUAGAACCCUACCAAAACUUACAGAAAUCUACCGCACAUCAUACAAGCCAGAUUACAAGCUUAUUCCCAAGGAUGAAGAAGCACAGUUGCUGCAAUCCACAGAUUGUAAAAGGACAGAGGUCAUAUUACCAAACACAGUUGAAAUGCCACCAUUGAUGAGAAAGUUUAUUGUCAAAGAUCAUGAGAAAAAAGGAUUAGAGGUCAUGAAAGACUUUGUGCUGCCUCUAUCAUACCACCACAGCCCCAACAGAGUACAAAGAAUUGCAAAAGGGGAUGAGAAACCUACAGUACAGUUUACUAUGGGCCUCGGGAAACCAGCAAGUCCUUCCCUUUAUGAGGGAGUGUCGCUAGAAUAAAUCCUGUAAUGGCUCAUCAGCUAUAAUGUAUCUUCUUGUUCUUAGCAUGCUUGCAAUUUUUUUAAUUUGAUUUGGACCUUUGAUUAUUCUAAACAGUUAUUGAUAGGCUGGAAGUUUAUUUUCUCGUCUACAUGCCUUCUUUUUAACUUGUGCUUGACUGCAAUCACACCAAAUAGCAGGUGAUAGGGCAGCGUAAGGUGAACCGCGCAUGCCUAAAAGGCGCCUAUUAACUCUUCUUUUAAAGAUCCCAAGAUUGGUGGGGAAAACAGAAGCUGGCUUGAAAAGCAAAGAUCAGCUUUUUUUCAUGCUUUGUAUCUUUCAUUCUGUUCUUUGUUAGGCAAAUAGGUUGGUGGCAUCGCGAUUUCUCCACUCUUGGAUGCCGAGUAGCCAGGUCUUCUUUCUGUGAACAAUACCUCUUCCUACUGCAACGUUUCCAUCAUGAGGAAUUGUAGAAGUUUGUAUUUUUGUGCCCCAAAUAUACAACUUCUCUGACAUCUUGACGGUGUGCAAAAGCUCACGUUUUUUCAUCGACGCGUUGCAGAACUUCCUCAUUCAUGACUUUGUGAUUUUCCCAACUAUAUAUCUAUAUAUCUGUACUUAUUAUAUGUAUAUAUUUUUUUCUCUUUAUUGGAACACAUUCAGCAUUUGCGUAAUUUUUUAGCUACUUAUUCCUAGUUAGUACAUACACCUAUUAAGUAUUUACUGAUUUACAUUAUCUAUCUAAUUUUGUGCGGGGGUUAGUUAGUAGGUUAGUAAUUGAAUUAAGUAAACUUAAAUUACAAGGGUUAUAUACUCACAUCUUGACAGCUUAUAUUCCAGUUCUAUACAUAAUAACUGCUUGGAAUAAAAAGAAGGCCCAAAUUAGAAAUAAGGGACAAAAUAUGUAAGCUCAUAGUAAAUUGUUUGUGCAGCCGUCAAAUAAAUUGUGCAAAUAAUAUUAGAGUUUAGACAGUAGAUAAUUUAUUGUUCUUGCAAAUUUUAUAUUAUAAACCAUUUUUUUGAAA